AUGUUUCUACAAGUCGUCGGCAAGAAGUACGUUCAAAGGAAGAAUUUUUUAAAUCUUGUUGUCGUUCUAUUCACAAUCGUUUGGGUAGUAAUAGGGUAUCUAACAAUUAAAAGAAGUGUUUAUCGUUAUAUAGAAGAUGAUGAGCUGAGGCACAGGGUUGUUCAGGAGGCCAGCCGACGAGCCUAUCAAAGUUUGCCGAAGUUGAACGUUUCUCAAAUGAUAUGGGAAGUGGAAAUAGAGUUCCUAACAGCUGAUAGAUACGUCGUGUUCGAACCUGUUCGCGACAUCUUGCUUAUUAUCAACACUUUUAUGGGAUUUGCUGAUGACAUCGGAGAACCCAAUUCGUGGUGGGUGAUCCUCUUUUCCCUCGUUGGCUAUUGCAUAUUUGCUGCGACGAUUGUCCGAAUUUGCUUAUGGAUGGAUGAAAGGAUUGAUAAGUGGUUCGAUGAUGGAUGUAUGUAUAAGGAGCUUGGCAAUGAGAACGAGUUUCGAGAUUUUGUUCUUGAGUAUCGACGUCAGAAAAGGGAGCAAGCUGAUAAACCAGUGGAGAUCCGAUCGUUUGCCUCCAGAGAAAUCGAUGUUAAAAAGUGCUACGGAAGCCUGGCUGAAUUCUAUUUGGUCCCGAUCAAGACAGUAUCCCCUGCUUUCAUUUAUCCGGCAAUGUAUGCCAUUGUGGUGUUCGUUUUGACCGCAAUCCAUACAUGGAAGCACAAUCCGCACGUCUUCAUUGAAAAUUUAAAGCAGAUUCUACUCUGCGCAACCAUGUGGCGAAUCUCGCACCUCAUCGUCGAAUUCUAUUUGUUCUGCAUCGGGAAGAAUGAGGAUGUGAAGCCGAUCUUCGUUGAUUCCAUUUAUGAAGUCACCGAUAAGAACGACAAAAAGGAUGCCUAA